AUGUCAAGUUCAGUCUGCUAUGUGGUCCUUGGCCUUGCUGCUGCUCUUCUUCUCUGCUGCUCCCAGCCGGCAAUUGCCAAGGAGCAACGCCAUGAGUUCGUGAUCCAGGAGGCGUCGGUGACGAGGCUGUGCAACGCCCGGACCAUCGUGACGGCGAACGGGCAGUACCCGGGGCCGACGGUGGAGGUGAGCGAGGGCGACUCCCUCGUCGUCAACGUCGUCAACAACGGCACCUACAACAUCACCAUCCACUGGCACGGUGUUCGGCAGAUGCGGACGGGGUGGUCGGACGGACCGGAGUUCGUGACGCAGUGCCCGAUCCGGCCGGGGAAGAGCUACACCUACCGCUUCACGGUGACGGCGCAGGAGGGCACGCUGUGGUGGCACGCCCACAGCUCGUGGCUCAGGGCCACCGUCUACGGCGCGCUCGUCAUCCGCCCACGCGACGCCGUCCCUUACCCGUUCGACUUCCACGGGGAGAUCGCCCCCAUCAUGCUCGGUGAAUGGUGGGACAUGAACCCCAUCGACGUCAUCCGCACCGCCACGCGCACCGGUGCAGCUCCCAACAUCUCCGAUGCCCUCACCAUGAACGGCCAACCCGGUGACCUCUACAACUGCUCCUCCCAAGACACUACCGUGUUCGCCGUGAAGACCGGCGAGACCAACCUGCUGCGGUUCAUCAACGCUGCGCUCAACACGGAGCUCUUCGUCUCCCUCGCCGGCCACAACAUGACCGUCGUGGGCGCCGACGCCUCCUACACCAAGCCGUACACCACAUCAGUCAUAGUGCUCGGCCCCGGCCAGACCACAGACGUCCUCGUCACCUUCGACCAGCCACCUGGCCGGUACUACCUCGCCGCCCGGGCUUACGCCAGUGCGCAGGGCGUGCCCUUCGACAACACCACCACCACCGCCAUCUUCGACUACGGCGCCAGCAGCAUGGCAAGCCCGGCGAUGCCAACCCUCCCGGCGUACAACGACACUGCCACGGUGACUGCAUUCACGACAAGCCUAAGCAACCUCCACGCGGUGGAGCUUCCCUCGGCCGUCGACGAGGACCUUUUCUUCACCGUCGGCGUCGGCCUCUUCAACUGCUCCGCUGCGCAGAACUGCGGCGGUCCCAACGGGACGCGGUUUGCGGCGAGCAUGAACAACGUCUCCUUCGUGCUCCCCUCCACUGUAUCCCUCCUCCAGGCGCACUACCAGGGCAGUGCAGCUGCGAACGGCGUCUUCACCACCGACUUCCCGGCCAACCCGACGGUGCAGUUUGACUACACUGCGCAGAACGUCAGUCGUGCGCUCUGGCAGCCAGUACCGGGCACCAAGCUGUACAAGCUCAAGUUCGGCUCGGUGGUGCAGGUCGUGCUCCAGGGCACCAACAUCUUCGCUGGGGAGAACCACCCUAUCCACAUCCACGGCUACGAUUUCUUCAUCCUCGCCGAGGGCUUUGGCAACUUCGAUGCCGCGACCGACACCGCAAAGUUCAACCUGCAUGACCCGCCAAUGAGGAAUACGGUGGGCGUCCCAGUAAACGGGUGGGCAGUCAUCCGGUUCGUCGCCGACAACCCCGGGGUCUGGCUGAUGCACUGCCAUCUGGAUGUGCACAUCACCUGGGGCCUCGCCAUGGCCUUCCUUGUGGAGGAUGGAGUUGGAGAGCUGCAGUCCCUGGGGGCACCGCCGCCAGACCUGCCAGUUUGCUGA